UCCCGCAACUGUCGCGGGGCCCUGACGACGGCCACACCACGCAGCCUUCGACUAGCGCCGAAGCAGAACACCGAGGGCCCUGCUCUGGCCCGGGCCAGUCCCUCCCGCCGCGCGCCCUGACCGGUGAAUUAUACUUUAAUGUACUAUAGGGUGUAUACUACGGAUGGGAACUAUUAAAGAUUAUAAUGUCAAAAACUUUUCUUACACCAAAGGUAUCUUCCAGAAAGGUAGCAGACUGGGUAGACCCAUCAUUUGAUGAUUUGUCAGAGAAUUUGGGCAUCUCUACUAUUACUGCCACAUCAUUAGGUGUGAAUAACUCAAGUUAUAGAAGGAAAAAUGUGCCUUCCACAUUAGAACGCAGCAGACUGCCGGCUAGAAAAAGAGGAAAGCUAUCUUCCUCAGAACAGAUUUAUGGUGUAGAAAUUUCAAAAGAAUAUCUCUCUGAAAAUGAACCAUGGGUGGAUAAAUACAAACCGGAAACUCAGCAUGAACUUGCUGUGCAUAAAAAGAAAAUUGAAGAAGUUGAAACCUGGUUAAAAACUGAAGUCUUAGAAAGGCAGCAAAAACAGGGUGGAUCUAUUUUAUUAAUAACAGGUCCUCCUGGAUGUGGGAAAACUACAACUAUAAAAAUACUAUCAAAAGAACAUGGUAUUCAAGUACAAGAGUGGAUUAAUCCAGUUUUACCAGACUUCCAAAAACAUGAUUUCAAAGAGAUAAUUAAUCCUGAAUCAAGCUUCCACAUAUUUCCCUAUCAGUCUCAGAUAGCAGGUUUUAAAGAGUUUCUACUAAGAGCAACAAAAUAUAACAAACUACAAAUGUUUGGAGAUGAUCUGAGAACUGAUAAGAAGAUAAUUCUGGUUGAAGAUUUACCUAACCAGUUUUAUCGAGACUCUCAAGCUUUACAUGAAGUUCUAAGGAAGUAUGUGCAGAUUGGUCGAUGUCCUCUAAUAUUUAUCAUCUCGGACAGUCUCAGUGGAGAUAAUAAUCAAAGGUUACUGUUUCCCAGAGAAAUUCAAGAAGAGUGUGCUAUAUCAAACAUUAGUUUCAACCCUGUGGCACCAACAAUUAUGAUGAAAUUUCUUAAUCGAAUAGUGACAAUAGAAGCUAAUAAGAAUGGAGGAAAUACUACUGUCCCUGAUAAAAUUUCUCUGGAGUUGCUCUGUCAAGGAUGUUCUGGUGAUAUUAGAAGUGCAAUAAACAGCCUACAGUUUUCUUCUUCAAAAGGAGGAAACAAUUUGUGGCCAAGGAAAAAAGGAACAUCUGCCAUGAAAUUGGAUGCUGCACUGUCAAAAUCAAAACAAAGGAGAAAACCUGAUAGAGGUUUUGAAAAUCAAGAGGUCCAAGCUAUUGGUGGCAAAGAUGUUUCUCUCUUCCUCUUCAGAGCUUUGGGGAAAAUACUCUAUUGUAAAAGAGCAUCUUUAACAGUGUUAGACUCACCACGAUUGCCUUUACAUUUAUCAGAGCAUGAACGGGAUGCAAUGCUUGUUCAGCCUGAGGAAGUAGUAGAAAUGUCACAUAUGCCAGGAGAAUUAUUUAAUUUAUAUCUUCACCAAAACUACAUAGAUUUCUUCAUGGAAGUGGAUGAUCUUGUGAGAGCCAGUGAAUUUCUGAGUUUUGCAGAUCUCCUCAAUGGUGAUUGGAAUGUAAGACCAUUUGACUUAAAUUAUAUAAACUCACAUACUUUGUGAUACAGUAAACUUAGUUUGUCUGGGAAUACAUAUGCAUAUUUUUCAUUUUACUUUCUACUUUAUCUUUUUUUUCUUCUGUUGCAGUAUCGGGAAAAUUGCCUGGCAGCAAAAGCACUGUUUUCUGACUUCUGCUUACCAGCUUUGUGCCUCCAGACUCAGCUGUUGCCCUACCUUGCUUUGCUAACCAUUCCAAUGAGAAAUCAAGCUCAGAUUUCUUUUAUCCAAGAUAUUGGAAGGCUUCCUCUGAAGCGACACUUUGGAAGAUUGCACAUGGAAGCCCUGACUGACUGGGAGCAUGGAAUAAUAGACCCAGACAGUGGAGAUGAAGCGCAGUUUAAUGAAGGGCAGCCUGCAGAGGAAGCUAUGAGUGAACCUACUCAAACCGCUGAACCGGGAACCUGUUCCCUUCCUUUGAGUCAGAAUAGUGGGAAUGAACUGCCAGCCAGUCAGCCGCAGCCCUUUUCAGCCCAGGAAGACAUGGAAGAAGAAGACAUGACAAUAGAAGACUAUGAGAGCGAUGGGACAUAGACACCAGCCCACCAGUCACAUUGCUACCUGACAGCACCCCGCUAGUUUUAUUCAGUGGUACUUGAACAGAGAUUAUAUGCUUUCAAGAGAAUUACAGCCUAAUUCUUCACACUUUUAAUACUUAAGCACGAGGAAUUGACUCUUCUGUCAUCUUGAAGUAAAUAGAAGAUCAAGCCUUCAAAUAUAUCUUAAUUUUUUUCUUUAGUAUUUAUUUAGUCUUGAGAGUGGUGUUGGAAGUGAAGGUCAGUGUGUAUGAAGCAUGCUUGGACAUUAUGCCCAACAUCAGAAAAUGUGAAGGAAUAAUUCAGAAUACAGAAACUUUAUGGGGUUGUGAAUAUGAAUUAUAAAAGUUCAGUAUGCAACUAUGAGUGUAAAUAAACUUUGUGCCUUACUCAGUUUCUCUAUGGUCUCCAGCUUCUCAGAUGCCAUUUUUAUGUUGUACAGUGGAAUAUUUUAGGUAUUUUUUUGGAAAGUAUUUACAUAUUUAUAUCGAAAUUAAAACGUUGAAUUAA